UUAAUUGCUCGUUAUGAAUUAGAUCGUAUGUUAGAUAAAUAUAAUGGACAUCGAAUAUCUCAAUUAGUUGAAAUAAUGGAAUUUGUUCGCAUGACAUCCACUGGUUCUGAUGCAAUUAUAGUUACUGGAGAUUUCAAUUUGGAAUCGAAUACUUCAGCUAUUGAAUUGUUUAGUACUUCAUUAAAAUUAUCAGAUGCAUGGCUUAAUAAUACUGUUGCUUUGAAGAAUACAAAUAUUACAGAAUUAGAGUCAGAGGGAUAUUCAUUUCAUAUACCAUCCUAUGCUAAACUUGUCUGUGAUUCGUGUUGGUUAGAUAUGCGUAAAGUACCUGACGACCCAUAUGGUUUACAUUAUUCCGAUCAUGAAGGUGUAGCUGCAAGCUUUACUAUUACAAGAUUACGCAAUCCUGUCAAACCAGAGGGUGAAACAAUGUCAACAAAUGAAUUAAAUCGAUUACGUGAUUUAUUAUUAGAUAUAGAUCAACAAUUAACUCGUGGUUUGAAUCAAUGUAUACAUGGUCGUUUAUUGCAUUUAAUAUGGGCGAUAUUUAUAACAAUUUUAUUAAUUAUGUUAAUAUUAAUAUAUCCAGCUGAUAGAUUAACAUCAAUUAUAAAAUGUUUAUUUGAAAUAUUACUUGGUAUUAUAUUAUUCACAUUAAUUUGGGGUUCAUUAAUUGGUAGAACUAUAGAAAAAUCCGGUUUACAAAAUGCUAAACAUUCAAUUUCAACAUUAUCUUCAAGAUUAGAUAGUUCGAAUGAUUUUACAUUAAUUAAAUAA